UUUAAUUAUUCUUGCUCCCGAUUGCGGAACCAAUUCUAGCAUGUGCUUGACUGAAAACGAUCUGUCCCUUGAAAAAAGAAUUUAUGGUCGCUAUUUAGCCCAAGAUGUUUCGGACAAAAAAGGGAAGGUUAUUUUAAUGCGUAAUACUCUUUUACUAGAAAAAGAAAUCAAGACGCUUCAAAUCCAUAAAGUUAUGGAAGUGGGAGUUUUUUCUCCACUUACUUGUCAAUUAGUAGACGGAAUUUGCCAGAAAUGUUAUGGUUUAGAUUUAAGCCGACCUGGUGAACCUGUGACCCUGGGAACGGCUGUCGGAAUAAUCGCGGCUCAAUCAUUAGGAGAACCUGGAACUCAGUUAACUAUGCGAACUUUCCAUAGCGGGGGAGUAAGUGGUGAUGAAGACAUUACCCAAG